AUGGGAGUGGCAAACAACCGGUCGAUCGCCUGGGGCAUCGCGAAGGUUUGCGCUGACCAUGGCGCCGACGUGGCAUUCACCUACCAAGGGGAAGCCCUGGCCAAGCGUGUGAAGCCGCUGGCUGAAUCUGUUGGCUCAGAUCUCGUUCUUCCUUGCGAUGUGACGGAUGAUGCCUCAAUGGACGCUGUCUUCAAAACGCUUGAGGAAAAGUGGGGCAAACUAGACUUUCUUGUGCAUGCCAUUGCCUAUGCCGACAAGAGCUCGCUUGAUGGUCGCUAUCUCGACACCACAGCUGACCAGUUUGCACAGGCCAUGAACAUUUCCUGUCAUUCGCUUGCUGCAGUCGCCAAACGUGCGGAGCCCCUGAUGGCUGAUGGGGGUUCUAUUGCAACCCUCACCUAUUAUGGCGCAGAGAAAGUUAUCCCCCACUACAACGUCAUGGGGGUCGCGAAAGCGGCACUUGAGGCAAGUGUGCGCUAUCUCGCCGUUGAUCUCGGCCGGAACAAUAUCCGCAUCAACGCCAUCUCGGCCGGUCCGAUCAAGACGCUGGCCGCGGCAGGCAUUGGCGAUUUUCGCUACAUCCUGAAGUGGAACGAGCUGAAUGCACCAAUGAAGCGGACAGUGACCAUUGAUGAAGUGGGCAAAACUGGUCUUUACCUGCUUUCUGACCUUGCAUCGGGCGUCACAGGUGAAGUUCACCACGUAGAUGCGGGCUAUCAUGUGGUCGGCAUGAAGGCUGAAGAUGCACCAGACAUGAGUAUUGACGAGAGUGGCCAGGAAGUCACGACUGGCACGCCCAUUUCGCUGAUGAUCGAAAAUGUCGAUCAGCGGUCGAAAGACUAUGGCGAUAUCAAAGACACAUUCCGCCCUGGUCACGCGGACUUCACCUAUGAAGCCAAAUACGGCAUUCGCGACUAUCGUGGCGGUGGACGCCAAUCUGCUCGCGAAACAGCGGCGCGUGUGGCGGCAGGUGCUCUUGCGCGCAAGGUCAUGCCAGGUGUUGAAGUGCGCGGCGCACUGGUUCAGAUGGGUCCGCACAAAAUCGACCGUACACGGUGGGAUUGGAACGAAAUUGAUCAGAACCCUUUCUGGUGCCCCGACCCUGUCGCGGCGAAGGAGUGGGAGACUUAUCUUGAUGGCAUCCGCAAAGCCGGUUCCAGCUGCGGUGCGGUGAUCGAACUCAUUGCGAGUGGUGUGCCGGCGGGCCUUGGCGCCCCCAUCUAUGGCAAGCUUGAUGCGGAUCUCGCUGGAGCGCUCAUGAGCAUCAACGCUGUCAAAGGUGUUGAAAUCGGCGAUGGAUUUGCAGCUGCGGCCCUCACCGGCGAAGAAAAUGCCGACGAAAUGGGCAUUGAUGGCAAUAAAGUAAGCUUCGAUGCCAAUCAUGCAGGCGGAAUUCUUGGUGGUAUAUCCAGCGGACAGGACGUCGUCGCCCGUUUUGCUGUGAAACCUACCUCGUCUAUCCUUACGCCCCGCAAGUCGGUUACCCGGUCGGGCGAAGAAACAGAGGUCAUGACCAAGGGGCGGCACGAUCCUUGCGUUGGUAUUCGUGCGGUACCAGUUGGCGAGGCCAUGAUGGCCUGCACCGUGGACAGAACGGCCAAGAAGAGAGCUAACAUCAUGACCGCACCAGCGCCCGUCUCCCCUCAGCCCUUGAUGGCACGUUUCGAUCAACGCAGCGGAGAGAUGAUGGUCUAUGGCGGUGGCUUCUUUGGCUGCUUCGUGCUGAGCGUUGCGCUUGCCCGCGGUGACAUCGCCCUCCUGAUUGUCAGUUUGGCGCUUUUCGCUGUCGCCUAUCACUUCUGGCCCUUUGUGCGGAGGAACACACCGGCAGUCGUCGCGAGUUCUGCGGGGCUCAUGAUAACAGGGCUCGGCACAGUCGGCUGGGAUGCCAUCGUCAACGCCACCACGGUGGAUAAGGCAGUAAGGACCAUCCGCAACACAGAACUGCACCUAACGCUCAGCAAGUCCCUCGACAAAGCAUUGGUUGAGGAAGACAUGGGCGGGCUUCAACGUCGUUUGAUGGUGCAGAUUUGGCGAUACAAUAAAGACACGCUGGUGAUCCGGCUGGAACCGCUGGAUGUUGCCCCGGAGCCGAUCCUGGAAGCCGUUCAGGCUUUCCUCAAUCAAAGACCGGUCUAG